GUUUUCUCAGGCUUGUCGACAAUAUAGCUUUUCAUCGCGGAGACACCUUUUGUUGUAGCAGCCAUCCUCGUCGAAGGAGCAAUAUUCCCACCGACCAUUCCCACCAAUACCCAAACUAAACCUUCAGGAUCUUCUUCAGCUGCGCCAAAUGCUCUGCCUUCAUUGUGGAGAAGCAUUCCUUCUUGGGCUCAUACUCAUCGUAAAUGUCAUCACGCACCCCGCCAUGAAUGUCCUAGUCAACGCCCAUGAAAAAGGUGUCGUGCUGAGGGCGGAUGUAUAUCAAUCCAUUGUAGAAAAUCUCGUGUCGGUCAGUUCACUUUCCUUCCCCGGUUGUUACGUGCCUCGGAGAAUGUGGGAAGUACAGCUAGUUGUAUUGGAUAGAGACGCUUGGCCCCACCUCGACACUCACGAUUGACCAAGAAGAGGAUAUUGCGCCGACAAGCCUCCAUGAGCUGACGUGAAGAAGCUGCUGUCAUGGAUAGAGAAAUCUUAAGCCCCCCGAAAAUGCUGGAGAGAUUAGAGAAGGGUCAUUUAUGAUGAGUUACCUUCCUCACUUCAAGGUAGUUACUGAUAGAAACGCGGUAUUGGCCGAUGCCACUCCGAAACGAUCUUGAACUCUGGAUGUCCUCGAUAGGAUGCAACGCGAAAUUUCACCCACCCAUCGACCAGAAAGGGGGAUUUCAAAGGCCAAUGGCAGUUGCCACGGGAAAACUCAGCCCAAAUCGUUCUUACAGAGUGGAAG